CCCCCUGUAUUUUCCCUAGGUCAGCAAUUCCUGUAUUGAGCACGUUCCGGAACUGUACAUCCCGCACAGACGGCACGCUUCUCAAAUCAAGUUUCUCCUCAUAGAAUUCCUCUACACGGGGGACAGACACAGAGGCACACAGGGGGAAUAAACUGUAAACAGGCUCCUCGAAGAAAAGGUUACCUAGUAACCAUGGCAACCAAGAUGCUUCAGGAGGGCCAAGACCCUCGAGAAAACGAAUUUGACCCGUUCCAGAAUGUGAAGGCUAGUAAUUUUGACAGCGAGGACCCAGAGUUGCGAAACGGGGCAAGACAGAAGUCUGGCCAGCAGCAAAAAGGGCAUCCGUUCAGUCGGGACUUUAUUGAUUCCAUGUUUACCGUGGUGGACCGUGAUCUCCUCUUCUGUAAGCUUUUCUACUUCUUUUUCUUCGGAGCUUUCGGCUCUCUGUUCCCUCUCCUCGCCAUCUACUUCAAACAGUUGGGAAUGAACGCGUCACAAUCCGGUGUCCUCAUCGGGUUUCGUCCAUUUGUCGAGUUCCUCAGCGCGCCUUUCUGGGGCGGGCUGGCCGACAAAUGGCGGAGAGGGAAAGAGAUGCUGCUCUUCGCUCUCCUAUGUUGGAUUGUGUUCACCAUGGCUAUCGCCUUCGUCCAACCACCGGCGCACAAAUGUCUCAAAUCCAACGGAACCCACAACGUUCUAGAAGGUCCUAUCAGCAGAAGGAGACGCGAGCUGGGCGUGGUCGGGCACGACAGAACAACGACCACGCCCAUCUUUUCCGGAAGCCACUUGGCGGAAAGCGUCAUUGGUGAAGGUCAAGGUGAUAAUUUUUUCCACAACACGCACGACAGACCCGGCGUGUUUGUCCGGAAAAUUGCAUCAGUUGAUUCGGCCCCCUCCAGUCUCCUCCCUCACCCGUCAGGCGUGCUGAUAAGUUCUGCUUUCACCGGUCUUCAACAUCCGGUUGUAAUGUUUCCGGAGGAUGAUACGUACAACCACCUCAACAGUAGAACCCAACACGCAAUUCAUCACAAGAACAACGACAACAACAACAACAACAAAAACAACUACCACCACAACCAUCACCGCCGCCACAAACGAAGUCCUUAUAAAGUAGACGCAAGCAAACUCCACCACCAAAACCACCUCAACAACGCCAACAACAUCAACAACAACGACAACCAUCAUCACGUCAACAAACGCAGCCCUUACAGAGUGGACGCCAGCAAAAUCGCCAAUGCCAACUCCUCCGACAUCAAAAAGCUGGUCUUCAACAGAUACUCGACCAUCGUUUACCACGAAGACGAGGUCCAACAGGCUUUCUUCAUUCUUCUUCUCCUCGUCAUCAUCGGCGAGUUCUUCAGCGCUCCCGCCAUCACCUUUGCCGACUCCGUCACUCUGUCGUUCCUGGGAGAAGACACGCAAAAUUACGGGCGUCAAAGGAUGUUCGGCUCCCUGGGCUGGGGUCUGGCCAUGUUCUUCGUGGGCAUGGCGCUUGACCACUCCACCACCUUCCCUGACCACCCGUGUGGCCAGGCCCACCAGUCGGAGAAGAACUACACUGUGUGUUUUGCCGUGUUCUCCGUGCUCAUGAGCUGCGCCUUCCUGUCUGCUUUGCAAUUCCGCUUCGACCACCACAACAAAGAGGUCCGCCUCUCGGAACUUCCCCAAAAGGUCAAGGAAAAGGUCAAGCGCGUCAUUUCCGGCAACCGGAAGAUUGACAGAGAGAGGCUGGUGGAGGAGGAUGAUAACGACGAGUUUCCCCCAAGAGGAGGGGCUGGAGGUGGUGGAGGAGGAGGAGGAUGCCAAAUUGUCGUGAAACUCCCGACAGGUCACGUGAGAGUACUCUAUGCUGGACUGGUCGGUAACAUUGCCAGAUUUUUCUACAUCUCACUGCUAUGGAAGCCGUGGUGGGUAUUGCCUUUCGAGUUUGUUCAAGGUAAGUCAUUAGACCGCGGCAUGUUCUCCCAUGGAGGCAAAGUCCCCCACGAGCUGUUCGAGGAGAGCUCUCAGCUGGCGCCACACGGGGUCCCGUCUGGCAUUGCGCGGGAUCUGUCUAGCUCCAGACUGGGCCAGGACCCACAGCAAGAGUACGGGGCAAUGUCUUACGACGGCGCCUCCAAUCUGAGCGUCCAAGGAAGCAAGCAAGGUCAAGGGGGCGGGCGAGCGGACUACAACGACAGAAACAUGGAGAACCCGAUGCAUCAUGGUUACAACCAGGGCAGUUCUGACCGUAUCGCCAUGUUCGAGCCGCCCCGUCUGCCCACACAUAUCUACCAGCAGCAGCCCAGGAACAGUCACGACCAGGAUUACGGCCCUUGAUGGACACCUUUUCCUCACGUCUGCAAGUUCUAUGGCCCUGACAAGAAACAUGGCGACACCCCGCCCUCCCCCACCCUUCAACCUCAAAACUUAUUCGCGUUUUUAAAAAGAAAGAAACAAACAAAAAAACCAAGCAAAAGCAACACACUACAAAAAACCAAAAAGAGAAAAUAACAAAAAACACAACUGAAGAACGUCUAAAACAAAGCGAAAAGAACGACAAAUUUAGACAAAUUAACAAUGACAACAAACCUUUGAAUUCAACACGAAACGCAUCUGAAAAUAAAACUGUGUGUAAAAGAGUAAUCAUUCAAUCUGACAUAUCCUUGUUUCAAAAUAACAAAACAAUAUUAUGGUUUUACAUUCGUUUGUGAGGAACGUAUCUUGAAUACAACCAGGUUCUUACAAAACCUCUAUUUACCUUUAGAAACGAAACAAGAAUGUUUUCCCAUUGCAUCGCUGGCGGUUUCUAUCAUUAUAUUGCACGCUGAUGCAUCUGCAGAGCAUGAUACAUCUUGUAGCAUACAUUCUUUGGACAUUCCUUGCAAGGAAAGAAGUGAAUAUAUAUUACGAAUUGAAGGUUUCUAUCAACUGCAGUGUGUAGUAAAAUUUUAGUUAAAAUAUAGCAUCUCAUCUUUGCAAAGAGACGUAGAUCUAAUUGAGGGCAUUAUUGUUGUAGAAGUCGAUUUAUGGAUGAUGAUAUUGAGAGGAUUCUCUGACGUGUGAUAAUGUGGAUAAUAUUGUCUUUUGGAGAGAGAGAG